AUGCCAAAAUUGUUACCUAAUCUACUAGAAGAGGUCGGUCGAGACCCUAGAGAGUAUUUUAGUGAUGAACCUAAGACUGAUUUUCAUAAAGUGGCAGUGGAAAAGGAGGAUAAACAGCCGGCAAGGGGGUCACCGAUUGUUGUAGUUGAUAACAGUGAUAACGAAGAUCUGAAGGCUUUGUUGGAAGGUGUCAAUACUGGUGUGGAUGAAUGGUGGAAGGCGGCUGAUGGUGAGAUUUUAAAAGAUUAUUUUUGACGUGGAAAGAAAGUUUUCGCAAUUUUUUGUUUUGUAAAGAAAGUUCUUGCCGUAUUUUAUUUUGUAAAGAAAGUUCUUGCUAUUUUUUGCUUUGUAAAGAAAGUUCUUGCCAUAUUUUGUUUUGUAAAGAAAGUUCUUGACAUUUUAUGUUUUGUAAAGAAAAUUCUAGCCAUUUUUAGUUAGUAAAGAAAGUUCUUGACGUUUUAUGUUUUGUAAAGAAAGUUUUGCCGUUUUUUAAUUUGUAAACAAAGUUCUUGCCAUUUAAAUUUUUUUUAGAAUUUUCAGAAAAACUUCCGACCGCCGACUCAAUCGACCCAAAACCUUCAGAGUACCGUGGUGAACUCGAAGUCGUAGACAACGAUGACAAUGAUGAUGACGUUAAGAUUCGGAUGAGUCCAAGAAGGCCAAACUCAGCACAAUUACCAUCAGAAGACCUGUCAAUGGGCGGUGGAUCAUAUUCUGAAACGGCCAAUGAAAGACCUCUGAUUAAUUUUGACAGUUCGUCGGAAGAAGAGCUGCUACAACGUGGAGUGUUGAGAUACGAUCCAACUAUUGCUAAGAUCUAUUGGAAUGAAGCUCAGAAGAGUGAUGGACCUAGGCUGAACAAGGGACCUAGUUUUGCUACAGUACCUGGGAGGUUCGAGAGCAUCAAGGCCAAGGCUUAUGAACAAGGUGGGUGUGGGCAAUAUAUUUCGAAAUUUUGUAAGAUUAAGCUUUCUAAAUGUUACGAAAUUUGGUAUAUAUAGGCUUAAGAUACUAAGGAACAGGUUUGUAAUUGUAAAGUCUUUGAUCUGAUUGCUGUAACAUACUAAAAAUAAUUUUUUUUAAGAAUUGUAAAAUACGUCACUUGAAUUUUUUGAUGGAAUAUGCCACUUUAAAUUAUUAUUAUGUUAAAACUAAUGGUUUAAACUACUUAACAAUACAAUAUCUAGGUUACAAAGAAUGAGAAAUUUCUUUCUAAACGUACGUUUUUUGAUUGGGUUACUGUAACAUAUCAAAACUAAAAUUUUUGAUUAAAUAUGCCAUUUUAAAUCAUCACUACGUAAAAAGUAAUGGCUUAAAGUAUUUGAAAAUAACAAAAUAGAAGCUUUUGGUUGUGACAAACAUUUUUGUAAUUGUACAUUUUGUUAUUGGGUUACUAUAACAUGGCAAAACUAAAUUUCUUGUGAAAUAGGCCUUUCUAAGUUUUCACUACGUAAAAACUAACAACUUGAUCUACUUGAAAUAAAAAAUACAUGUUUUAGGUUAUGGCGAACGUUUUUGUAAUUGUAAAUUUUUUGGUUGGAUUACUGUAACAUAAAAAAUUAAAAUUUGUUGUGAAAUAGGCCAUUUUAAGUUAUUACCACGCUAAAAAUAGCAGUUAAAAUGAGCUGAAACUUUAAAAUUAGGGACUUUCAACUAUGAGAAACAUUUUUGUUUUACGAAAUCUUUUUAUAAGAUUACUGUAUCAUGACAAAAAUUGAAAUUAACUUUAAAUUGAUAUUUUCAAAGAAAAUGAAGUCAUGAUUUUCAACUUUUCAAACCUAAAAUUUCAGCCGCAAAAGACUCUCCAGAAGUCCAUCACGACAACUUUGAUCGUCUUCGACCGUUCCGUACUCGUGCUGCCGCGGUACCAGUGUUCGUGCCUACCAAGGAUAAAUCAUCAGCUCAUGUAGCAUCUGAAUCGCUCAAGUUAAGUCCAGAAGAAGAGAUAAUCAACAAGGAGAUCAAUGCUUUGAAGGCUUCGAUUGAUAAGCACCAAGAAGAGUUGGAUCAAAUGGAAGAUUCUGGGAAAACUUCUGGAUUGGAUGGUGAUUCUGGUGCUGCAGGAGGAUCUGGAGUGAAUUCUGGGGCUGACAGGCAUGGUAAAUUUAGUUCUGUAGCAAAUCCUGGAGCCAAUUCUGAAGGAACUCAAGAAGCAAAAGCUACAUUAGCUACUGAAGUCAAGUCCUCAGUAGAAUCCGACAUCAUUUCAGCGUUAGAAAGCCUACAAUCAGACGCGAAAGUGAAGCAAAGUGGAAGUUCAAGCACACACUCAGGAGGAUCUAAACCCUUAUCAACCUUCAUUGAUAAAGAAAGCGAUAGAUUCUUUAAUGAUGACGAUAGUGAUGAAGAACUGAAGGACAGAAUUGAUGCUCAUGGCCAUGAAAUUCGAAAACCAUUGAAGAUCCAACGUCUAACUUCAGAAUUGAAGGCUAAGAAGCAGAGAAUUGAUGACGAUACUAAUGCUGAUGAUGCUGAAUAUCCUACAGAGCUUAGAGAACUGCCGGAUGUUUCUAGGUUUACAGAGAAUGAAGGUGAAGGUCAAGGUUUGAAGGCUCACAGUUUGGAUUCAAAGCUACAGAAUGGAAGGUUGGGCUUAAGGAAUCAGAAUUCAAGACCUGAGGGCCAAAGUCAGAAACCAGAGAAUGACAACUCAAAACCUCAACUCCAGCCAAGAAUGGAAAUCCAAACUUCUCAGCUAAGCCUAGGCCAAGAAGGGCUAAGCCAACCACCACAGAACGGUGAGAACGUUCAAGAAGCCAUCAUUGAAACGAUCAGAACAACUGUUCCGCCUAGGUUUGAGUCAGUAGCUGCUCCGGGUGUAGCUGGAGGUCUAGGUGGUGGUCUUGGUGGAGCUGCUGCACCUAGAUUUCCUGGUUUGCAAGGUAUGUAUAGUUUGUAAGGUUUUGAUAUACAGUCAAACCUCUUUAGUACGAAGGCAAGAUAAAAAUUAAUGUAGUGAGGGCUAGGCUUAGGACAGCGGCAGUUGUUAUGACUAAAGCUAAUGCUAGGGCAAACAAUUAGAAUAUCGCUGGUGUUGGCGCUAGGGCUAGGACCUUCGGAAUCGAGGGUUUUAACGUUUGGCUAAAGUAAGGAAAAUGUUAAGAUAGAGCCUGCUGAGGCAAGAGCUAAAACUACCGCUAGGACUGUGAGAAGGUCUAAGGCGCUCAGGCCUUAAAGGUGAAGGGCUUUAGGACUACGGUUAGAACUAGGGCUCUGACUCUUUCAGCAUCAAGAGCUUUAAGGCUAGGACUCUGGGCUAGAUCUCUAGGCUAGGGCUCUGGCCUAAGGCUCUUGGCUAGGGAUGUGGACUAAGAAUUUGGACUAGGACUCUAGGCUAGGGCUCUGGGCUAGGGCUUUAGUCUAGGGCUUUGGACCAAGGCUCUGGAUUAAGGCUCUGGGCUAGGGCCCUGGGCUAAGACUCUGGACUAGGGCUCUGGGCUAGGGCUCUGGACUAAAAUUAACUAACUAUGAUAUGUUGUAAACCCUCCCUUCACUUUCAGUCCCACCCCUACCAAACCCUACAAAUCCUCGAUUCUUCCAACCUUCAGUCGCCCCUCUGAACCUAUUUCCAUCUCAAUCAGCAUCAGCGGUCAGAAUUGAUCAAAAUGGCAAUCCAAUAACACAUUUGGACAACUUUCCAUUGAGAAACGACGCUGGCUUCCAACAAAUCUACAACAACUUCAGGAACAUGUUCAUGAACUCGCCUGGUGACAAAUCUGAUACCACUAUAUACGACUUUACUAAUGAUCCACAUCAUAUUGUUUAA